AUGAAAACUUUGGUGUUCAUCAUUUGUGUUGUGUGUACACUUGCCUCUCAUGCAUACAUAUAUCCCUUCAAUGAAAAUAGCGUAAAGGAUUUGGAAGGGCUUAAUUAGAAGUAAAUUGCGCAAUUGAUCAAAUACAAUAUUGGUAUGGUUGAACAUGUCCAAUAAGAUUAGUAAAAGGCAUUUGAGCAAUUGAUAAUAUCCUUUGGUAAGGGCAAUGUGUUGACACCUACAGAAAUGAAUUAUUUGAUUCUUAUAGAGAGUGACAAAUUGUACUAGGGACAAGAUGUGAAGUAAUAGAGAGUUACUGAAGGAUACGCUUAAAGUUUCAAGGUGUUGGAGAGAGAAUAAAGAUCUAUGAUGGAAACAUUGUUUGGACCAUAAGCUGACUCGCUCAUUUAAAAAGCUAAUGCUUUAUUUAAUAACAACAAUUUAGGUUUCAAAAUAUAUCAAAACGAGGAUGAUUUGGAUAUCAAUUAUUUGAAAUGGACAGUAACACUUUAUCUAGGCAAAAAUAACGAAGUUUAUUUCUAUGAACCAAAUAAAGACAAGUCGUACAAGAUUGAUUCCUCAUUGGAAAAGUGCGUUGAUAACUUCUUCGGAACAACUUUUGAUUAUGCUCCACAAGACAAUAAAAUCUAUAAAUACAAUACAAAUGAGAUGUUGGAGAUCAGAAAGGAAAACGAAGAUCAAAUUCUGGGAUUUUUGAAGGACAUCUGUGCCAUGAACAAGCUUUCAACAAUCUUCAAGAAGAACAAUUCUCCAAAUAUGUUAUCAAUCAUCAAUAAAUCUAUUUCCAAAUUAGAGAAGACUCUAAAUGAAUAAGAAAUUGAUUUGGUCUAUGAUAUGAUGAGGAUUGCCCAUAAAAAACUCUCAAAAAACUUCAGAAACACUUUUGAAAGUGAAGAUUUAUUCGGUUUGAUAUUAAUUGAAGAAGAGAAGAAUCCUUAAUUAACCACAACCAAAGAAUCUGCCAAAGUAUAGAGAAUAUUGAUGGAAACAAGAACCAGAAUGCUUAAUUAAGUCACUCAAACUAAUUCUUCAAGCUACGUAAUGGAUGCAACGACUUAUUAGAUUUAUGUGUGGUUUGGAGUUUUCUUUGUAAUUGUGUUGAUUGGUAUUAUUUAUGCUAUGGUCACCAUGGAUAUUUAAAAGGAUACAUUAUUAUAUGCUAAGUUCUUAACAACAGAUCAAAGGAAUUGA